AUGCCGCCCAGUCCCCAGCCAAAUCUCCCAGGCUCUACGCAAACACCCCGGGGCACCCCGCAGGCCGCCAGGGACACAAAAAUGCCGGCCGCCCCUGAGACCCCGGCGAAUCCCGGGCGCCUAGCCCCCGCCACUGCUAUGCCCGGGUCGCCACCCGGGCGCUACACGCCCAAACAGGCGCCGCCGGUGGCCAUGACCCCGCUCCACAAACCGGGGAUCUUGCCCGCGCCGGUGGGCAGUGCGGCACACAAAUACGCCAAGAUCCAGCCCGCCAUAGCGAUCAAGCCGAAGCCCGGCGCGCCGCCGGGCGCCGCCCUGGGGCCGCUGAAAUCCUCCUUCAACCCGCGCUACAACCCGUUGUCCUCGCCGCUGCCGGCUCUUGUGUGCGACGAGCUGCCGGCGGCAAGCAUCAACACCCUGAAAAAGUGGGUCUUGCCCCCCAGGCCUCGCCCGGGCAGGAAGCCGCUGUGCGUGCAGGGGGCACCGAACCCUGGCGCCCCAGCGUCCCUGGAUGACGACCGCAAGGGCCUGGCCCACAAGAAACACAGGCUCCUGAAAGUCGCCGCCAGGCUGCUGCCGCCAGCGUCAACUCGCAACAGUCUCCACAGCGCGGUCCACGCCGUGCCCAUGUCCGUCUCCGGCUCCGCCGCGUCUGCGGGCUCUGCCUCCACCGCCACAGAAGCCAGGCGUUUUGUUGCGGCCAGGCUGAGAUCCAUGACGCCGGCGGCCUCUGGCUCAGGCGCCCACGCGUCCACACCGGCCAAACAGCGUGAACUCCUCGGUAUUCUGAGACCCAACGGUGAGCCAAGCGUGCCCGCUGCGUCCCUGCUGGCAGUGCCGCCCAAGCGCGUGGCUGAGCUCCAGUCCACGUACCUUGCCAAGUUGAAGGAACAGGAACUAGUGCAGAACUACAUCGAUAUCCUCACCAACCAGAUCAAGGAGCUCCGGUUCGUGCAAAGCGGCGUGAUCACGUUCGAUGCGCUAAACUCGAGUCCCUCCGCCAGGCCCCGGGCGCAGUCGCCUCCGCCUCCGGACCAGCUUGACCACAUCAACAACGUGCGGGAUCUAGACGCGUUCUUGGCUCACUUGACGACCCAAUCAAACGUCAUACACAGUGUCACCAAGAAGUUUGUUGGCGACUCCCUGAAAGAGGGCACGCGUGUGCAGCUGCAGAUCAAACACUAUUUGGACCUUAAAGCAAACCAUCCAGGCUCUCAGUCGCCCUUUGUCAGCGUCAACUCCAAGGACUCCAGAGGCCCGGAACCCGAGAAUCUCGCCUAUUCUCCCUCGACCGCUUUUUUUGAGCCACUUGCAACAGAGGAGCCCAACACCGAACUCCCUGCUUUUCUGGAUGGGGUCCACUCAAUUGCACUGUUUGGAGAUGACAAGCCAAGCUCUUUUUUCACGUCAGGGUUUCUACGGCCUUCGAACGUGGACGUGUUUGAACAUGAAGACGGGCUCGUCAACGUAGAUAUCAUAAACGAGCAGGAUCCAUUCUCUGGCAGCAUGGGAUCUACAGACAAAAAGAAGCUGAGUUUUUCGGCGGAGGGUGAAGCAGACACUCUGAACAGCGCGCAGGACUACAAGCCGCUAAACGCUAAGGGACCCAAGAAGAUUAGAUGUGGUUUUUGUGGUGUAGAGGCGCCGUGUCUCUGUUUCGAUGCGGACAGUGUAUUUGGGGAGAAGUGA